UCUCCUCGGAAAAUCUGAGAGCAAACCCUAAUGUGAAUUUCAAAACAGAGAGAGAGAGAGAGAGGAACUUUCUUCAUAUAACUACGAAGCUCCAGCUGCAAACUUGAAGUUUUCUUUUUUCAGUUUGAGGCUCUUUGAUACGUUGAAAAUUUAAGCUUUACGGCAAUGGUGGAGGUUUCGGAGCCCGGAUUGAAAGAGGAGGAGAUUGAGCUCGAUUUAGGGUUGUCAAUCGGAGGCAGUUUCAGAAAACCAGAGAAAUUGCAGCUCGUCAACGGCUUCGGCUUGGAUCGGAGAGAAAAGGAAAACCAAACGGCGUCGUCGGAGCCGGAGAGCGCGCUUCUUGAUUCGCAGACGAAGCGGGAGAUCCAGGCUCUGCGGAGGCAAGAGGCGAAGAGGAAGCGCGAAGAGAAGAGAAGCCGAGGAAGAAACGAGGCCCAAACAGAAGAACAACAACAGCAACCGGCGAUCAAGAGAGAGAGAACAGAGACGAAUGUGAAUGUGAACGUCAAUCUGAAUAUGAAUAACGGCGAAACGGAGCCCCGCUACCCGGUUCAACCGGCUCAGUACCCGUACCCGCCGGUGCAGUUCGUUCCAUACACGAACGGCUUCGCCUACCCUUGCGCGAUGCCGUGCUGGGCUCCCAGCGGCGGCGGCGGUUUCAGGCCGUUUCAGGCGCAUAAAAAUUUGGCGAAUAACUGGUGCGAAACGGAGCAGAAUGGUGGAGUUGGUAAAACGACGUCGUCGAAUGGCGGAUUGGGUAAAACGGGGUCGUUGAAUGGGUCCCCAAUGUGUAGCUCCUCUACCGUUUCUGAUCAUCAAAGCGCAGUUUCUCAUGAGGGUGGUGGAAGCAGUGAGACCAGAAGCCAUUCAGGCCAGAGCUUACCAGAAAAAACCCAUUUGAACAAUGGUUCAAUAUCAAAAGAGACCAAGGCCCAAUCUGAACACACAGCUACCUCCAACUCAUUUAAAUCAAAUUCUCAAGGCAAUGAUCAAAAACUUGCUCCCAAAGAAGAACCCAAAUCAGAAAACACAGAGCCAGUUUCAAUCCCCAAACCCAUCUCAUCAAAUGGAGAUUCUGCAACGCCAACAAGUACUCCAUUGAAGGAAAUUACCAAAAUGGACACCGUUGCAAAGCCCCCAAAACCCCAAAUGCAGACCAGUUCUCUUCCCCAAAUGCCUUAUGUCUCCACCACGGGGAAUGGCCCAAAUGGGAAAACAAUUCAUGGGUUCUUGUACAGCUACACAAAAUCUGAGAUCAGCAUUGUCUGUGUCUGCCAUGGAAGCACAUUCUCACCAGCUGAAUUUGUGCAGCAUGCUGGAGGCACUGAUGUAUCUCAGCCUCUGAGACACAUAACUGUGAUCCCAUCUGCUUUUGGUUGAUGAGAGCUGAAUCUAUCAGCUGAUAUGGAAACUGACCCUUUUUCAUUUCUGGUCGUCUUUAUCUUAAUUUGCUAGCUUUUAGCUUUUAGCUUUUAGCUUUUAGUUUUUGCUUUUUAAUUGCAGCUGAUGAGAGUUACUUUGGUGGGAAUUUGCAUACAUGUUGUAUGCAGAAGGAGAUGGAUAGAUUGAUGGGAGGCAGGCUAUACCAAAACCUCAGUUUACAUGAGUUCUUGGCUGGAAAUUAAUGGGACAGACAGAGGCUUAUUUUU